AUGGCAAGAGUUUGCUGCUCUUGUUGCCUCUUAGACGCAAUCUUUAUAUCUGACUGUGAGCAGUUUAAAGCAUGCCAAAAGCAUUAUUUUUCUUUUGAAGCUCAAGGGUAUAAUCUAAAACGAAUAAAGAUCCCAAUCAACAAAGAGUCCAAAAAGAUCUUAUUGGAUUUUAUCGUCACGCUAAAGAAGGAAUUUAAGGAUCGAAUUGACGAUUUAAUUGAAGAAAGCUCAAAAAACGAAGAUAAUGAAAAAUAUAAGGAGAAACUAAGCUGAUUAAGUAAUGCUUUUCAUGACUGCAGUAGUAUCGUCAUGUUUUUAUUGAGAAAACAAUUUGUUUUGAUGAAGCAAAUUUUAAGUCCUUUUGAAUAUUUUUUAACUCAGCCAAAGGAAAAAGCACAACAAUACACAGAGCAGCAUUGAGACCGGAAUGAUUUAUUAGAAUUUUGUCGAUCAGUUAGAGCACAUAUAUUUGAUUUCAAUUAUUAUAAGUUUGAAAAUGAAAAAUUUAUUCACGGCUGGGCUUAUAAGUCAACUUACAAUCUGCACAAUCGUCUAUCAGAUUUCUGUAAUUUAAUAUUUUUUGAUUUUAUUAAAAUAUCUGAAUAUGAGAUGGCAUAUGAAUUAUAUCAAAAUCUCAAGAGCUAUUUAGAAUUUUAUGACGACUCUUCAAUUCAAAAUAUUAAAAGUAUUAUAGUUUUGUUUGGUAAAAUCCUUAAAAAAAUUAUAAAGAAAAAAGAUCAUUCUCAGCUCGAUGAACAAUGAAAAAUAUUAAAUUGGAAUAAAAACCCAACUGAUAAUUCAUCUAAAAAAUUAGAUUUUUGGGGAUAUGCUCUUUUAAUGAGGAAAAAAAUUUUAUUAAUUCAAUAUUUUCUAUUUUACUAUUUAAAAAAACCAUAAGUCUGACAGUAAAAAGAUUCUUGCUUAUUAAAAUGAGCAUAUUUUAUUUUGAGUCAAAUACUUACUAUGAUGUCUAUAAAAAAUAAUGUUUCUGAAUAUUACUUUCAAACUCUCCGUACAAUAGUAUCUAUAAUAUUAUUAUAACAAUGGCAAUUUAAUUAGAAGGAGUGCUAGAUUUCCUGCUUUGCAGAAUACUUUUCUCAACAUUAUUCUGAAAAUAUUGCAAAUAAAAUUAACCAAGAGCUAGGAUUGCUCUAUUAUGGCAAAAAAAACUAUAGCAAGUCAAUAGAAUGUUUUAAUAAAUCGAUUAAAUAUCAUAUAGACCGCCUCCAAAAAGACUCAUGGCAGAAUAAGGCAGGUGUCUGAGAUGACUCCUUAGAAUAUUUAAUUGAAGCCUAUCUUUGAUUGGCAAAAGCACAUAGUGCCAUAAAAAAUAAUGAAAUGAUUAAAAAAAUUCGAAAAUGAGUUAAGUUUCAAUGUGCAGAAGCUAAAGAUAAAUUUCUAUACCAUGCAACUAUUGGAGAGAUUUAUUAUCUUCUGAAUUAUUUUUAUAAAGCUUUUAAAAAAAUAUGGGAAUGCAUUAAAAUGUCUAAACAGAACAAAAAUAUAAACUCGUACGAAUUAUCAAAUUUAUGACUUUUAUUAGCAUACCUUUUCCUUUUGAAUUUCCUUUAAGGGAGAAAUUCGUAUGAAUGGAUUUGGGAAAAAGAAGAAGAUUAGAUAUUUAUGUCUGAAGAGGCGAUUUUACAAAAGCACACCAGUCUCUUUGCAUUGCUAAAUCUUUGCGUAGCAUUUUACCUAUUGCAGAUCCAAAUGAGCAAGAAAUUUAUAAAGCAUUUGGAAUAUUCUAUUUAAAUAGGCAGUGAUAUGAUGAGGCUCUAAUAUCCUUUGGAAAAAUAACAAGCAGAUGAUCUAAUCAUGAGCUUUUAUUUGCUAAUUUUUCUAUGGGUAUAGCUUAUUUUUGAAAGCUGGAUUAUCAAAACGCAAUAGAAUUUCUAACUGGAGUAAAAAAAAUGAUGUCUGGUUUUACUAAAAGUUAUAAAAAUGAGCUAUUUAUUGCUAAUGCGUACCUUGGAGAAUUAUGCUAUCUUCAAGGCAAUUUAGAAAACGCAAACAGAUACUUUACCGAAGCGUUUGAGCUUAUUGACAGCUACGAUAUUUCUAAUAUUGAUAUUUAUUUAAAAUCCCAAAACUUUGUCUUAGUUAUUUUUAUGGAAAAUCUGAGUAUGAAAAAUGUGAAGUUAUUUUGCUGAGGAUGAAUGAUAUAUUAG